UUAAAAAUGGGAGCAUUAGGCGACAGUGCAUAUGGAGCUCGUGGUCGUCUCAUCAAGUUCUCAUACAUUGUAACUGCACUUAUUUCAAUUCUCUUCUCAAUAAGUUGCAUAUGCUACGGUAUUUGGCUGCUUGCUCGACGUUCUCAAUACGCUGAACUCGUUUCACCGUCACUUUAUGUGGAUGUUGGACGAAUUCUUGUAAUUAUCAGUAUCCUCUCAAUACUCAAUUAUUUGAUAUGCUUUUAUGCAAUUUUCAAGGAAAUGAGGUGUUUUGUCACAUCGUGCGCAGUUGCGUCCAUUGUUAUUGCUGUCAUGCUUAUUAUUGGCGGCUGUAUUGGACUCAACUUCCGUGAUCAAUUGACUCAUUAUACUCCACUCAACCUGAAAAUGCUUACUUCAUUGAGAGAACUGUAUGGAACACAUGAUAUGAAAGGAAUUACCGAGUCUUGGGAUGCUCUUCAGUCAAAUUUUAAAUGUUGUGGUGUUAAUGGAACAGAUAAUGCUCAAAUUUGGAAAACUUCAAAAUGGUACAUGCAUCAAAGGGCUCCAAAAUUGCUCAUUCCAGAGUCCUGUUGUAUCCCAUCGGAAAUCGAAAGAUGCCGUUCAAAUCCAUUUGAUCAGGAUGCACCUCCUCCAUACUAUACAAGUACAUGUUACGAACCCCUUCAAAAUGAUCUUUUACACGUUAUGAACGUUGCUUCAUGGCUUUGUAUAACCAAUGCCAUUGUACAGAUUAUCCCGUCAGUAGCAGGCUGCUGGUAUUCCAAGCUCAUACGAAAAUAAUCACAAUUUCCUUGAUUAUCAUUAUAUUCCCAAUGAAUUCCCCCUCCCUGUGUUUCGUUACGAAACCCAUUUAUCUUCCCAUCACAUUUUUUAUUCUCUUUUCUUCUUCGAUCGCUGCAAUCCAACACGACACCUAUAAAUCGAAACGGGCCAAUUCAAUUCAACUCGCUUUAGGCGCAGCUCUCACAAAAAAUUCACAAUUUGACUUUGAAUUUGUAUUUUUUUUUCGCAAAAAAAAUGUUCUGAAUUUGCUCAAAACAUUUUGUAGAUUUGUGUGUUCUAUACUCGGGUAUUUUUAAAGUUUUAUGAUUUGAAAAAAUGAAAAUAAAUAUUUUUUCCUUG